AUGGAUUUACACAAGAAAGGAGUUUUUUCCAUGGCUGUGAGUGACAUUGAAGAGACACCGAAGGAUUUCAAAGGAAUGGUAAACAUUGAGGCGUUUUGGAACGCAGUGUCCCUGGAGAUGAUUGGACGGGGAUUUGUGUCAAGUAAUAAUCAGAAUCCAUUCAAGGUACUGCCCUCCUACCAUUUCUGGGCUCCUUGGAUUGGGCACAAAACAAGGUCCUCCAAUGAGGUGCUCAACGCAGAAUUUGAAAAGAUGAAGACUGCUAAGGUGUCUGAAGAGUCCCAAGUAUACCAUGUUACAGAAGAUAGACUGAUGGAGGAGCUCAUGAACCAAAAGGUUGAUGUUGUUCGUAAACUGUGCAAGGAAUGUGGUCUUGACACAGUUGGAUCAAAACUGGACCUCAUUUCACGUUUGCGUAGUGAAAUGCAAACACGGCACAGCUACGACAAGAUUUUCCAGAAAAUAUGGGGUACAUCAGGUGGUUGGUGUGCCAUAAUGUGCCCUUGUGGUGUUGUGUACAGCCUAAAAUUCCUGAUUCGAGCUGAGAGCCCACGAGACUAUGCAGAUUUACUUCUGUCAUGGAAACAUCUUCCUAAUAUAUGUAUUUAUGAUUUUGCGAGAGGUUUGGUUGCACAUACAAAUGUGAUUAGGGCCCCUGACAUUGUUCCCUUUCAGCCUUUUGAGGGAAGAUUGCUUGAGCCAACUACGGAAAACAUCUCCAUGGCCAGAGAGGGCAAGAUAUUUUCCCAUCUGUCAUGGCUCCGUGAAAAGAAAGAAACACCAGAUGAAAAUGGUCAUCCUAUUACUGGAUCUGCUGACCACUAUGUGUUGUACGACACGUUUCAUGAGUCCAACACCAAAGACCCAAGGGACAUCUUGAGGAAGAUUUCUCUGGUUCCUGAGCUUGCUGGGAAGAUAAAUAGCCAAGUUGUGGAACAAUUUUUUUCGCAAAUGAGGAAAAACAAUUAUUUCCUGAAUAACGCAGCACCAGCAACAAAUAUAUUCCUUUUGAGAAGCAUUGUACACCACCGCAAUCAAAGGACUAACAAUUAAUUCAUCAAAAGAGCCAGAAAGACAUUUGUGACUGACACUGAAUUCAAUGACUAUGGCCAGGCAGUUCUAUGUUCCGGUAAGUCACUUGCAAUCUCAUGUUUUUACAUUCUAGUUGUAACAUACUGUUUGAUUUCAUGGUUUUGUAGCUUAAAAUGCACAUAUCAUAAAUAAUAAAAGAUUACACAAAUUAGGAAAAUAUCACCGGGCAAAAUCA